UACCAUCUAAGCGUACAUUUGUAAGCACUGUAUGAACUGUGUGGGUCUUUUCGGUGACUGCCGAACCGGCGGUGGUUCCUGCGGUCCGGUCGUGUGGUUCGUCACUGACCGGUGUGGUAAACUCCGAUGCGGAGUGAUGUCAGGCCGUCGCACGUCCCUUCCAUCUUCACCCACCUUCCGACUUCCCCAGUACAUCUCGAAUCAUCACACCAACGUCACGUGAAUUCUUCACAGACUUAGACAACGUCCUAAAGCCUCACACGCAAACAUCUCGAAUCUUCAAGCAAAAGUAUCCAGAAAGCUUCAACAUGUCCCUCAGAACUCUCGGCGCAAAGGCGGCCGCGGCCUUGGACAAGGACCUCAUGAGCACUGGUGCCUUCUCCAUCGACCAGCUCAUGGAACUUGCCGGGCUAUCCGUCUCACAAGCAAUUUAUCGCGUUCACCCUCCAUCUCGAGGAUUGAACAUUCUCGUUGCAUGCGGCCCCGGUAAUAAUGGUGGCGAUGGCCUCGUGGCUGCCCGACACCUCCGUCACUAUGGCUACAAGCCAACUAUCUACUAUCCCAAGCGGAGCAAGAAUGAUUUGUAUCAGCGGUUGGCGCAGCAGUUGGUGGAUUUGGACGUUCCGUUUGUCGAUGAUUUCCACACAGCGGUGAAGUCUACCGAUCAUAUCGUGGAUGCCAUCUUCGGAUUUAGCUUUUCUGGAGAAGUCCGGGAGCCUUUCCCCGCGGUAAUCAAGGCGCUCGAAGAAACAAAGUUGCCAGUAACUUCGGUUGACGCCCCUUCAUCGUGGGAUAUCGAGAAUGGCCCGCCGUCGUCCGGCCCUGGAAGUUCGUUCCAACCUGAAGUCCUCGUCAGCCUGACAGCACCAAAGCCACUGGUGAAGCAUUUCAAAGGACGGCACUUCAUCGGCGGAAGCAGAUUCGUAUCGCCGGGUAUUGCUGAAAAAUACAAUUUGGAAAUUCCGCAGUACGAAGGCAUCGACCAGGUGGUGGAAGUUGAUAAUAACGGCCAGAAGCUGUAAAAUUGUCAGUCGAUUAAAAAUUUACCAAAAUUUACUCUGUGUCUCAGGGUAC